GCGUGCGUGCGUGUGUGCGUGCGUGCGGUUGGUCGGUCGGUCGGUUGUGCCAUGGCGGCGGCUUUUUAAUUAUUCCCCGUGUCCAAAAUUUUAGGCUUCAGAAAAAUACAUUUCAUUUUCGUUAGACCACGCACGCACAAUUAUGUUACCAGCUCGACACGGCCACAGCAGUAAUAGUACCGCCGUCGCCGCUGCCACCAAUAACAUUAUCAACACCAACAACACCAUAACCAUCAUUAACCUCCUCGCAUCCAACAACAACGACGACAACGACGACGGCGACGACGACGACGACGCCGAUGAGAACAACGGCGGCAAGUUGCCCGCGGCUUUAAGACCACGCGUAGGAUUUUUCGCAAACGGUUAAAAUAUCAGACAGACAGACACACACAUCUCCCCCUCUACCCCUCCCCCCGCCCCCUCUACGGUGGUGAGAAACGACGACGACGACCCUGCUAAAAUAUUUUGCCGGAUUAUUUCCAAAUAAUUCGCUUUUACCCGCGGCCACGUCGUACAUUUUGAAUAUAGUUCUUAGGCUGUGACGAAAUAGAAGAAAGUCCCUUUAGGACAUGGGAGAUUCUUGUAGUCGAGAAUAUCGUCACGUUGCAGGUCUUAGGAAUGAGGAAGCGAACUUUGACAAGGGUUUCGCGGUGGUGGUUGAUCUUACUGUUCGUGGUGGUGCGCGUCGAGGGUACACAAUCUCCUUCAUCUUCUUCAUCUUCAUCAUCUUCAUCGUCGUCAUCGAUCUCAGGAAAGAGAUCUUCGACGGAAUUAGAAUGUGCAGCUGGUUGCGAAUGCACUUACACCGAAGGGACACGACUAUUUUGCGAGUCGCGCAGUUUCCUUGGUCUUGGAAUACCGCGAGAUGCGGACACCGUUAUUCUGAGGGAUGUUCAAGCCGCCGCUAUCACAUUCGCGGCAUUGGAAACAUCAACUUCAUUGAGAAGUCUAAUUUGGACGUCAAGUGGAAUAGAAAGGAUAGAUCCUGGUGUAUUUCGAGCGACGGAAUUUCUCGAGAGACUGAAUUUAGGUGAUAAUAGGCUGACGGAACUGCCAUCGGACGUCUUCCAUCCAUUGAGCCGACUACAGUACCUGAAUCUCACCGGUAACCGGUUGAUCAACCUACCCCAGGUCCUCUUUCAGGGCCUCGACAAUCUCCAGGAGAUACGUCUAGCCACUAAUCAUUUGUCCGUACUGCCCUUCCAAGCGUUUGGUCCGGUGAAAGGACUACUUCGUCUUGAUUUGAGUCAAAAUCUGUUGGUUUAUCUACCGGAUCAUAGCUUUAGACCCAACAAACAAUUGGAAGAACUUCGAUUGUCAACUAACAGGCUCACGAAAUUACCAUCGAGAGUAUUUUCCGGUCUCGGUUUGUUAAAAGUACUCGAGUUGGCCGAUAACGAGAUCGACGUAUUGCCACGUGGUCUUUUUUCCGAGCUCGCAUCUCUGGAAUACUUGGAUUUAGGCGGCAAUCCUGUCAUUCGUUUGACGAAUGCAGCAUUUCAAGGUCUCUCAAGUCUAAGAUGGCUCAAUCUCGAGAGGUUACCGAUCACCAAGUUACCCGAAGAUCUUUGGCGACCGACAAGCAAAUUGAGAACUCUUUUACUGUCUAAUACUCGUUUGGAGAUAUUGCGAAAUGAAAAUUUCGCAGGAUUAUUGGAAUUGGAGACACUCGAAUUGACGAACAGUCCUUUGCGAGAGAUCUCCCGACACGUGUUAGACGAUACACCGUCCCUCCGAAGAAUAGAUUUGCGGGACAACGAUUUAGCUUUUCUUCCAGCCAACGUUGCACAAUUACCGUAUCUAGGAGAAUUGCAACUUCAAGGUAAUCCAUGGGCCUGCGAUUGUCGUAUGUUUUGGUUUGUUAAAUGGGCAGAAAGCAGAACUCAUUUGCGUGCAGCUUUUAAAAGUGGGCUCAGGUGCGGACACGAAGUUGGCGGUACCAUAGAUACCUUGCAAACUCUUCGUUAUCUAAAUUGCACGCCACCGACUCUAGCACGAACAUCUUCCACCGAUCAGUAUCUAUUACUAAGUUCGGUUUUAUUGGAGUGCGAGUUUAAUGGUAAUCCGGCGCCGUCCUUGACUUGGGUCACUCCGAAGCUCAAGGUUCUUCACUGGACCCCCGAUCCGGCAUUCCCCGAUGCCUUUGUAGAACAUCCUCAUAUACACGGAUGGAAACUGGACGAACCGGUCGAUGACGAUGGGAGGAUACGCAUUCUGGAGAACGGCUCUUUGUAUAUUAGCAGACUACUCAGGCAAGACGUUGGGUUAUACAAAUGCUUCGCCGUUAAUCCUAUAGCAAAUGAAACGACCUACAUUAUGCUGGAAAUGGAUCCUGUUACACUUCAUAAUAUUCAAAUCUUCAGUAUAGUCGUGGGCGGAGUCAGCGCAACGGCCUUCCUCCUGUUGACCCUAGUUUUGCAGUUGAUUCGAUACUUUUUCCUCAGGUGCGGUUGUAUAAAAUGGUGUCUUUGCUGCAGGCGCGUGGGUGCGACACCGAGAGCAAAACAAAUUUAUCAGAUGUUGGAUAACAUUGAGCAAUACAAGAGUCAACAACUUGAGAGGUUGCGCGAAAAUUAUACUCAACAAGUGCACAGAAUCAAGGACAACUGUGUUCAGCAAGUGGAAUGGAUUCGAGACAGUUACGAGGGUCAGAUGAGACACAUACGUGACAUCAGGGAUUAUGGUACCAGUCAUCUCACGGCACUAAGAGACCAAUAUUACGAUCAGGUGAAAAGAGUACGAGAUUAUUCAACGAGUCAGCUUAAUUGGGUGCGAGAAAAUUACGUCUUCCAACGGAAUAAAAUUCGAAAAUUCAGUGCUCACCAGGUAUUACGGUUAAGGGAAAGCUACAAGUAUCAACAACAAACGUUAAACAAAGUAUUGGAAAAUCUGCCAAAUUUAUACUUCGAUAAUUGUCGAAGUGGUUCAUGUGGGAAAAGCGAUUCCGUUGUUUUCGACAAUAGUAAAGAGGAUGGUUAUGCAGGACCGGACACGUACUUUAAAGCAAAGAUCAACGACAUGACAGCGGGUACCAGUUUGGAAGAUAUGAAUAGCGAAUAUUAUACACCAACAGAAUUGUCCUCGGUCAGUCCACAUGGCAUGGACACCACCCUGGAAGGCAUUCAUAUUAAUUAUAUCGAAAACAAUGGGCCAAGGGCACCAUUGCAAAUCAUAUUACCACCGCCUUCCCCAAUUGUAUUGCAUUGCAUAGAAGAAUACGGAAGUUCUACGUCAAUUUGCAAUGACUUCGAUCAGAAUAAACCAGUUUACAAAGGUUCCAGUGCAGAAAAAAUACUUGCAGGAGAACCAAGAAAUGUCUCGGAGGUUCUUGGAUUGUUAGCACCGUGUACCAGUUUACCAGAACUUCCACGUGAAACUAAACUUUAGCCUAUUGGGACCGAAGAAAAAUGCUUGAAACAGCAACAACCACUAACAAUACCACCACCAAUAACAACAGCAGCAGCAUCACCACUGAAAAAGUACUACUAUUACUAUUACUACUACUACUACUACAAGAAACAACGCGACUUUUCAUUCGACGAUGGAAUUGACGCGAAGAGGAAAAGGAAAAAGGAAGAAAAGGGGUGCAUUUUGUUCGGUGAACAUUUUACUAGGUAUAUGGAAUAUAAUAAUAAUAAUAAUAGUGAGAAGAAAAAAAAUGAUUAAAUGGAAGCUGUGCUUUCGUUAAUGGCCAUUGUUCAAAGUUGUUCCGUGGCGGCGCGCUUAAUCGCGUUUAUUAUCCUCGUCGAGAAUUAAUAAAAUGGUGGAGAGGAACCCCAUUGGGCACUCUUACGCGAUAAACUUUGAGAUAAAUAAAGAGAA